AUGAGUUAUGCUGCUAGUCAGGAGUCCAAAGAGGUGCAGAGUGGUGGAUCAGGGGAUGUGAAACGGGAAGGUAUAGGUCGUUUCAGAGGGCAAGUUGCUGCGUUUGAGGUCACUGCUGCUGCAUCUUCUCCCAUCACACCGCCCGCUGUAAAUCAAAUGGUAUCAUCGCCUGCAGCGUCGGCAGCUGCAGCAGCAGUGCCAGAUCCAAGUGCUACUGCUGCCAUGCUUGAGUCGUCAGCUGCUGAAUCUGAGCGUCUGCUGCUGCAGCCUCACGUCAAGGUGGCCAAGAACGACCGCAGCUGUCACAAGGAAGCUCCUGCCAAUCGUGUGGCUGACAACCACAGGUCCGCCAGGCGUCGUCUGAAGGAAGCCCUGAUGCAGCUGGCCUUGCAACGAGUGAAAGCCAGCCAUUCUUGUGAGGCAAAGGGGACAGAGGUGGGGUGGUGUGGAGUGGGUCUGCAGGGGAGGGUAGCACAGGGAUUGGGUUGCAGGCAGGUUGAGGACAUGGUGGCAGAUGGGAGGGAUACAGCAGAGGCAGGAGAAAAGCAGCAGGAGGAAGGGAAGCAAAUAUGCAGUGAGAGGGGGGUGCUGCAUUAG